CCCAGAUGUAUUAGCCGUAUUUUCCAAAUGAAGUUAUUAUUUUCCUUCCUUCACUGUUUCUAAGUCUUAACAUCUUCUAUUGUUUGUUUCUGCUUUCAUUGGUGUUUUCAAACAUGUCCAAAUGUAUUAUUUUCAUUUUCCUAAAAUGUGUAAAGGCCAUGUUAGGUCAGAUCAAACAGGCAGCGCAUUGGUACUCAUCUCCAGCUGUGUGGUGGGCAAGGAUUUAGAGGGAUAGUUAGGGAAACAGCAUAAUCCUUUUCUUCUACCCAUCAGGAGCUUAGGAAAUUUGUGAUCAAAUGAUUACUUCAAGAUCUGAUAACUGUGGGUGACCCUGUUCUCUAUGAAUUCAUCUUAUCCUCUUUUGCACUCAUUUAACUUUCAGGUUUGAUGAUGUAAUUUCAUGGUGUCUUUUGUGCAAAACUCUUUCCUUUUGUAUGCUUCAGACCUGCUGCCUGAUGACAGGCUGCCUCCAUCCCUGUGCUAUGGAUAACGCUGACUAACUCUCCAGACCUAGUAGUGUGUGAGAUGUGUUCUCCACCCACAUGAGAUUUUACCCAUAGCUCCUUUUUAGGCUCUAAUGCUCUGGCAUUUCUUUUUUUACUGUUGUUUCUCAUAUCAGUGUUGCUUGCCUCCGUAAGAAAGUGAGAGUUUUCCUCAUGUGUCCCUUGGCAGAACUGCAGUUCCAGCUCUGCCACUACUGUCCCAAGCUACUGAAAGCAGCCUAGGAAGGGAAAGGGGAGGGUGAAACAGGCCAAACAUGGGGCUUGCACCAUUCUUCUAUAGCCUUGCCUAGCACUCUCUGGCUGCCAAGUAGCACUGGGUAGUGCUGGAAACCUGCCCACGACUCUUUCACAUGGCCUUCAUUGCUGGAGCCUGGGGAAAGAGCAGCUCCACAGGAACCCAGCAGCCCUGGGAGCAGGGAUGUGAAGGAGGUGAAGGCAUUCCCCACUGCUGUUGUGGGCUGCCAGCUUUGCAAAAUACCACCAGACACGUCUUGCUGUAGAGACAAGCACUGUCCUACCAUACCCAUGCUCUCCAUGCCACAGCUUCAGCUACUUUGCCUGGGUUGCUGGCAUGUGCUGGGAGAAGCUAUCACCUCCAGCACUGACUCUUGUUAGCUAGCUACAGAUGGGUGCAAUGCCAUUCCUGCUCCUGAAUAUGUGUUGCUUUCACACUGGUUGACAAGCAGGGAUGUUGGGGGAUGAGGUUUACCUAGGAGAAGGUAACAAUAUGUUACUGUUAUCUUUAUGUAUGUAUAAUAUUUUUCUUUUUCUGUUCAUGUCUUCAAAAGGAUAUUUUUUUAAAAUACAGGGGUUUAGAGGGAAGUGUGCAGGUGGGGCAGCAGAUCAGGAAGGCAGAGGAUGAAGGAGAGCACCACUAUGAUGGUGCUGGGGCAGAAGAAUGUUGGAUAUGGGAGAGUCUGAGUAAGCCAAGUCAUAAGCAGGCACUCCAUGUGCCUUGACCACCAGCCUGUACUGUUUGCAUCAGAGGCUAUCAACAGCAGCUAGAGGCUAUAAACAGGGAGUCCCUGAUUUUACCCCUGCUCUUCCUGGAGGUAAAAAGACAGCAGCCCAAGCAAAUGCGGAGAACACGUAGGAAAGCACUGGGAAAGAAUGCUUUGCUGGGUGAAGCAAGCCUUGACACAGAAAUUAGAGCAAUCCAGCACAGAUCUACCUCAAGGCUGAAGGGAAAGCAAAUGUUUGGCAUGGCACUGAGUGUCCUGGGCAGCCCAUUACUGGUGGCCAGAGGAACUCCUCUCUAGCAUGGCCCAGAUAGAGCAGAACAGCAUGCUCAUGUUACCAAAGAGAGCCUUUCUCUUGGCCUGUCCAGCCGUGAUGGUGACUUUUUCAGCUGUUUGUGAUCAUGUUUGGUCUCUGUGUCAGGGCUGUCCUGGUAAAUACCUUUGUCAGAGCCACUAGGCUGCUGGAGUUUUAGCUUUGGGGGGAAGGCUGCCUCUAGCAGUGGGCAGAGGGAGGUGUCUGCUGCCCACUGGGAUAAGCAUGGAAGAGGGGUGGAGAGGAACCAGCUUCCCCUAUAUCCAGAAACAGUUUGCAAUCCUUUGUUAGCAGACAUUAGCGGGACAUUUUCAUUUGUCUACACGCAGUUAAGCAAUGUCCUCCUGCCCAGCGCCUGUCAGAGCUCUUUCUCAUGCCCCCUCCCAGAGCAGGGCGGGGUGAUAGCAGACUUUUCGAGCGGAGCUCUCCGUGAUGGUUCCUGCUCAGCAGAAAACUCGUGCAUCACAUCCCAGCACUCUGCUCUUCCCUCCCCCUGCACCGUCCCAGCUCGGCACUUCGGGCAGCCAGCUGUGGCGAGGGCGAUCCAGCCCCUGCCUCUGUUUAUCCGGGAGCAAUGGGAUCGCCGGGUGAGCAGGGCCGGGCAGAGGGGCCGAGUGACCGCGGGCUCCGCGGCGGUGCCUCCUCUGCUUCCCCAGAGGAUGGAGCAGGAGAGGAGGCGCGGAGCCGGCACGGGACUCCGGGGAGGAGCGGCGGGAGCUGCCCGCGCCGGGCAGGCUGCGGGGAUCCCGCGGCAGCGAGGCCGCCCCGGCGCUACCCCCCUCCCCCUCGGCUGCUGCCCCACGAGAGGGUGACGGGCAGCCCCCCGCCCGCCGGCCCCUCUCCUCUGCUUUCCCCCGCCCGCCGCUCCCCGAGCGCUUGGCAGCCCCGACGCCCUCCGCAGCCAGUUUUCCAGCCCUGCGCUUCUUCUGCGGUGACAGGCAGUGGCUGCGGGGCCCUGUUUGCUGUCCAGUUAAUAAGUGAGCUGGAGCGGGGGGGAACUUCUCCGCCGGAGGAGAGCGGGCUCGCCGGGGGCCGGGCGGGCGGGCGGGGGGAGCAUUCCUGCGCCGCGGGGCCCCGGCGCGCCCCGCUCCCGCCGCCCCCCGCCCGCAGGUGCAGGGGGCUGGCACUCGGCAGCUGGAAGGAGCUGGUUGGAGUUUGCACUUUAAGCUCCCGGCGGGGAGGGAGCCGAGGCUGGGAGCUGGUCGGGGCGCCCGGCGCCGCGGGAGGAUGGCGCGGUGGCUGCGGCCCCUGGUGGGAGCCCUGCUCCUGCUCGAGGGGGCGGCCGCCCUCAGCUUCCUGCACCAUCGCUACGAGGAGCUGGUGCAGGCCCUGUUCCGCGUGCAGAGCCAGUGCCCCUACGUCACCCGCAUCUACAGCAUCGGCCGCAGCGUCGAGGGCCGGCACCUCUACGUGCUGGAGUUCAGCGACUACCCGGGCAUCCACGAGCCCCUUGAGCCAGAGUUCAAGUAUGUUGGGAACAUGCACGGGAACGAGGUGCUGGGCCGUGAGCUGCUGCUGCAGCUCUCAGAGUUCCUGUGCGAGGAGUACCGCCGGGGCAACGAGCGGAUCACGCGCCUCAUCCAUGACACGCGCAUCCACAUCAUGCCCUCCAUGAACCCCGACGGGUACGAAGUGGCUGCCAAGCAGGGCCCAGACAGCAACGGGUACUUGACAGGGAGGAACAAUGCCAAUGGAGUGGACUUGAACCGCAACUUCCCUGACCUCAACACACUCAUGUACUACAGCAGGGAAAUCAGCGGGCCAAAUCACCACAUCCCACUGCCUGACAACUGGAAAAGCCAGGUGGAGCCAGAGACAUUGGCUGUAAUCCAGUGGAUCAGCAGCUACAACUUUGUGCUCUCGGCCAAUCUGCACGGCGGAGCAGUGGUGGCAAAUUACCCCUAUGACAAGUCCCAGGACCAGCGGUUCAGGAGCCACCGGCGCACGGUCAACACGCCUACCCCUGACGAUAAGUUGUUUCAGAAGCUGGCCAAGACCUACUCAUAUGCCCACAGCUGGAUGCACAGGGGCUGGAACUGUGGGGACUACUUUGCUGAUGGCAUCACAAAUGGGGCAUCCUGGUACUCGCUCAGCAAAGGCAUGCAGGACUUCAAUUACCUUUACACCAACUGCUUUGAAAUUACCCUGGAGCUAAGCUGCAAUAAGUUUCCCCCCGAGGAGGACCUGGAGAGGCAGUGGAUGGCCAACCGGGAGGCCCUUGUUGCUUUCAUUGAAGAGGUUCACCAGGGCAUCAAAGGGAUGGUGUCAGAUGAGAACAACAAUGGCAUUGCAGGAGCAGUGAUUUCUGUCCAGGGAAUCAGCCAUGACAUCACCUCUGGUGAUAUGGGAGAUUAUUUCCGGCUGCUGCUGCCUGGCACUUACACUGUCACAGCCUCUGCAGAGGGGUACCAGCCCCUGACAGUCACAACAACAGUGGGCCCAGCUGCACCUUCAUUGGUGAAUUUCCAGCUCAAACAAGAAUUGGUGAGGAAGCCUGCAGAGCGCAAAGCCUCAGGCACAAGGAUGAACAACAAAGCCCUUCAGAAGAAGGUGGUGCCAAGAGCCACCCGCCGGGGGACCCAAAGAUGAGGACAGCUCAUUUGGCUGAGAGCUGGGGAAGCCGUUUACAUGAGGCCUGGCUGAUGAGUCCAGCCAGUGAACUUUCCAACAGUCCAGCAUGACACUAACCCAAAUUAUUAAAAAAUGAAGUAUUUAA